GUUCGGAACGGACACAUCAAGAGGAUAACUGACAACGACAUCCAGUCCCUGGUGCUGGAGGUGGAGGGAACCAACGUCAGCACCACAUACAUAACCUGCCCAGCGGACCCCAAGAAGACCCUCGGCAUCAAACUGCCCUUCCUGGUCAUGAUCAUCAAGAACCUCAAGAAAUACUUCACCUUUGAAGUACAGGUUCUGGAUGAUAAGAAUGUUCGGCGGAGGUUUCGGGCCAGUAACUACCAGAGCACGACGCGGGUGAAGCCGUUCAUCUGUACUAUGCCCAUGAGAUUAGACGACGGAUGGAACCAGAUUCAGUUUAACCUUUCAGACUUCACCCGCCGGGCGUACGGGACAAAUUAUAUAGAGACCCUUCGAGUACAGAUUCAUGCCAACUGCAGAAUUCGACGAGUUUAUUUCUCCGAUCGUCUGUAUUCUGAAGAUGAGCUGCCUGCAGAGUUCAAGCUGUACCUACCUGUGCAGAACAAAGCAAAACAAUGAGUUUUGACAGUUCCUCCCCUCCUCCCAGGAUAUAGUGUUUUCUACAUUGAGCAGUGACCACUAUGCAUCGACUUCUAAGUUAUGAAAUGUUUCCGGUCGACUGACUCUGACCCUCAGAUGUUUUUGUAAUAAAUAUGACCUUGACUCUG